CACUGCAAGAGUAGACCAGGAAACGAAACCUAAAUAGGUAAGAUUGGCCUGCAGUCAGGAAUUGAAACCUAAGCGCUAGGUUUCCUAAACAUACGGAGUAUUCCUGCAUUUGUCAGCAGCAGCAGCUCAUUUCAGCAGAGGUGUAUUUAACAGCAGUUUGGUUACUAUGGAUGUUAACCCUGAUUCCCCAUACUACAUCAACUUGCUUGACAGCAAGUCUCAUCCUGAAGAUCACAGAGAAUAUGUGAUGUUUCAUGGCUGCUCAAAAGAGGGCGCAGAGUUGAUUAAGAGGGACGGCUUCAAACCAUCAAGUGCAGAUAGAAUGCUUGGUGCUGGUGUUUAUGUUAGUCGGGACAUCCGAAAAGCCUGUAAAUACCCUCCUGAUGUUCCUGACUCUGAGAAAAGAGUACUAAAAGUCAGAGUGAAUGUCGGCAGGGUUAAGGUCAUAGACAGGCAGAACCACACCAUGCAGAAGACAUGGCACACUGUGCAUGGCUUUGACACUGCCUGGGUUCCUCCAAAUGUUGGCAUGGUACUGUGUAACCAGGAGGAGGACUGUGUCUAUGACCCAAAGAGAAUCAAAGUCAUCGAGGUCAUGAAGGUUACUGAAGAUAACUUAUCUCAGUAUGAUCAUCUACAGAGUGGAGUCUCCCCUGAGGACAGCCACGUCUACGUGAUGUAUCAUGGAACAUCAAAACAGAUUGCUGUGGAUAUACAGAGAAAUGGAUUCAAACCUUCCAAAGAUGGGAUGCUUGGUGCCGGUGUCUACCUCAGUCGAGACAUUCGAAAAGUCAUUAGAUACCCCCUCAACACCCCAUUGAUGACCAUUCCUGACUCUGAUAGGAUGGUUCUGAAAGUAAAGGUGGAUGUAGGCAGAGUUAAGGUGAUAAAAAGGCAGAGACACCCCAUGCAGAAGACCUGGCACACUGAGCAUGGCUUUGACACUGCCUGGGUUCCACCUAAUGUUGGCAUGGUGCCGAGCAACCAAGAGGAGGACUGUGUCUACGACCCAAAGAGAAUCAAAGUGUUGGCAAUGCUGAAAGUGCCCAACUUAAAGAAUGUAAACCCAUGGUUGAACAAUCCACUGCAAAACUGAUGGUGUUCUGCAUUCAGAGGGAGCAUCAACUCAUGGUCAUCAGAAGAGGAUGGUGUCGGGUUCACCUAGGGGUCAUGAUUGGGGCUGUACCAAAUUAUUUAUAUAUUACAAUAAUUGAUUAUGCUAAUGUUGUAUUAAUAGAAGGGGAGGGGUUAUGAGACCCCUCCCUCUUUACAUUUAUAGGGUCCUAGACUACCGAUUAACAAUAUAUUUACACAUUGAGAUUUUAAUGCUCUCUCUCUCUUUAUUUAUUUAUUUAUAUAUAUAAAGAGACCCCUCUGAGACAGAACUCUGCAGGGGAGUGUAGGAGAUAAGACUACACAGACAUUCCACUAUAAAUCAACUUGGACAAAUUUACUGCUAAGCUUUUAGAUAACACACUAAAAGGAUUGUUUAUAUAGCUUUGUAGGCAUGGUUUUGGUCUCAUGAGUAAAAGGUAAUGACGUUGGCAGUGACAUCACUAAAGGCUGGACUUCGGGUUUGAUAAAGUAACAUGGGACCUUUUUGUUUGAUGCAGAACUUACUGGGAAACAUGCGUGCUAUGUUCCUGAUGUCAACUUCUGUCUGCAAUUGCAUUAAUAAAGGUUUUUGAAUGAUUUAAUUAAAGAUAUUGUCAUAAUGCUAA